AUGAAAUUGGUUCUUCCUAACCCGGAACUGGAUUUGAGGAUCCCCACCCUUGAGGAUCUGGAGAGGAUGGAGAAAGAGGAGGUGGGAAACAGGCCCAAGUGGGACAACAAAGCUCAGUACAUCCUAACUUGUGUGGGCUUUUGCAUCGGCAUCGGGAAUGUGUGGCGAUUUCCCUACUUGUGUCAAAGUCAUGGAGGAGGAGCGUUUUUGAUCCCUUACCUGAUCCUGCUGGUGUUAGAAGGGAUGCCUCUCCUGUUGCUGGAGUUUGCCAUUGGCCAGCGUCUCAGGAAAGGCAGCGUGGGAGUAUGGCGGGCCAUCAGUCCUUACCUGACCGGUGUCGGUAUUGCCUCCAUGCUGGUGUGCCUUUUAAUUGCCGUCUACUACAACACCUUGAUAGCCUGGAUCCUGUGGUACCUCUUCAAUUCCUUCCAAAGCCCCCUACCUUGGACUCAGUGUCCUCUCAAUGACAAUAGGACAGGUUACGUACCAGAGUGUCAACAGAGCUCCACUGUGGACUAUUUCUUCUACCGGGUGACCCUGAACAGCUCCACCUCCAUAUCUGACUCUGGUGGUCUCCACUGGCCCAUAGUGGUGUGUCUCCUGGCUGCAUGGACUGUUCUCUGCAUUUGCUGCAUCAGAGGGAUCGGCACCUCUGGCAAGGCCGUGUACAUCACAGCCAUCCUGCCAUACGUCGUGUUGGCCAUAUUCCUGAUACGAGGACUGACACUUAAAGGCGCCUUUAGCGGUAUACAAUUCCUCUUUAUGCCAAAGGUGGAGGAGUUGAGCAAGUCGUCCACUUGGUUGGAUGCGGGGGCCCAGGUCUUUUAUUCGUUUGGUCUGGCAUGGGGGGGUCUCAUCUCCUUCUCCAGCUACAAUCCUCUUCACAACAAUUGUGUGCAAGAUGCUGUGAUCCUGUCUCUCGUCACUGGCCUGACGUCGGUGUAUGCUGCUGCAGUUACUUACUCCAUCAUUGGCUUCAGGGCCACUGAGAAAUAUGACACGUGUGUUCAUGAAAACAUCAUGUCGCUAAUAAAUGGAUUCAAUCUCCCUGAGGACAGCAUCACUCCAAGCAAUUACGACUUAGCCUUUAAACAUCUCAACAACUCAGAUCCGGAUGCGAUUCUUGGAUUGGACAUUAAAACUUGUGAGAUGCAAAAAUUCCUCAGUGAGGUAAAAAGAACAUCCGGACAUUUCUUGUUUUCGACUUCUAACGUUCUAACGUGCAUGUUUAUCCAGGGAGUGGAGGGAACUGGUCUGGCUUUUAUUGUUUUCACAGAGGCCAUCACAAAGAUGCCCGCUUCUCCUGUGUGGUCUGUGCUCUUCUUCAUCAUGCUCUUCUGUUUGGGGCUCUCCACCCUGUUUGGCAACAUAGAAGGAGUGGUGGUCCCCUUGAAAGACUUGGGGGUGUUUCCCAAGAAAUGGCCUCAUGAAGCCCUGACUGGUGUGACCUGUCUGGUGUCCUUCAUCAUCUCCCUCCUCUUCGCUCAGAAUUCUGGGAUGUAUUGGCUUGCACUUUUUGACAAAUUUGCAGGAUCGAUUCCUCUCUUGACGGUUGGAUUCUUUGAAAUGAUCGCUGUGGUUUACAUCUACGGCAUAGACAGGUUCAACGAGGAUGUGGAAUUCAUGACCGGACACAAACCUGGCAUCUUCUGGCAGGUGACAUGGAGGGUCGUCAGUCCCCUCAUUGUCCUUGUCAUCUUAGUCUUCUACUUGGUGACUCAAGCACAAGAAAAGUUCACCUACUUAAUCUGGGAUCCCAAUUCUGAGGAGUUCCCGUCACUGUCAACCGAAGCAUAUCCUUCAUGGAUCAACGUGAUGAUUUUUAUGUUAGCGGGGGUUCCUAGUGUGGCUGUACCAGUGUAUGCGUUAUGUAGGUUUAUCUUUGUUUGCUGCAAGAGAAGAGUUGCCAGAUUGAAUAAAAUAUAAUUUACAUUGA